AACCCCUUCCCAGUUCACCCCGCCGCGCGCGGCCGUCAACCAUGUCAGGCAUGACGACGUACGGCCUGCAGCUCCAUCUAUAUAAGCAGCAGCUCGCCAGCUAGAUAGCUCCACAAUCGUCCCAGAUCUCAAGCUCUCAACUCUCCUCACCUCGCAUCUCAAACAGUCUUCUCUUUUCGGUUGCAUAAUUGCUAGAAGCAGGGCUCUAUCAAUGGCAAUGGUGGUGAAGGCCGUCCUCGUUGCCGUCGUGGCCGUGGCAGCGCUUGCGCAGCUCACCGUGGCAGUGGAUCACCAGGUGGGCGGCAGCGGCGCGACCUGGGCCACCAGCGGCGGCUACGACUCGUGGUCGGGGAAGCAGAAGUUCUCUCCGGGAGACAGCCUGGUAUUUUCGUACUCGCCGGCGCACGACGUCGUGGAGGUGAGCAAGGCCGACUACGACGCCUGCACGGCCACCAAAGUCGUCGCCAGAUACACCGGCGGCAAGACCACCGUCAAGCUCACCACUGCCGGGAAGCGCUACUUCAUCUGCAGCAUCACCGGCCACUGCGACGCCGGCAUGAAGCUCCAGGUGAACGUUGCCGCCGCAACCGCCGCCCCCACGAAGCCCAGGGGCCAGAGGAGCGUCGCCCCUGUCGCCGCCCCGGCGCCGGCACCGGAGCGGUCGUCCACCGACGAGCAGCUGCCGACAGUGUCGUCGCCUACGGGGACACCGACGCCCAGUUCACCGUCCGGCUCGGGCGCCGCCAGCAUUAAUGCGAGCGCUGCGGUGGCGCUCGCCAUGGGCAUGGCUGUGGUGUUGGGCAUGUGAGAGGGAUCUGACCGAUCCAUGGGUACCAAGGUUUAGUUUUGGAGUGUUUAAGUCUUAAUCAUGUCGAUACAUUUGCGGAUUUGUUGUUGUUAUUCUUGGCUGGCAGUGGCAUGCACAUUGCCUUCCCUGCAUGUUCCUUCCUUCCUACAGUGCUAUCAGGGUUCAGUUACUACUGUGCGAUUUAUUUGUUGUAUUUGUCUGUCGGAGAAUAAAUACAAUUCACAUUCUUUAGUAUCG